GCUACUGAAAUGAUUUCUUGAGGAAAUGAGAAAAGCGAUUGAGAGAAAAGUCCUGCACAGUUAUACCAAUCAAAUUUGGCAACAUUUUAACGUUAACCUAUGUUUUGAAUGACGGACCCCAAAUACCCCUUGGCGAAAAAUGGAGCACAUAAUAACACCAAAGGUUGAACAUGUGAAGCUGCUUGACAGAUAUGCCACCAAGAAAUCAGCCACCGGCACACUCUACCUUACUGCCACUCAUCUCAUCUAUGUGGAAACAUCGAAUAACACAAGACAGGAAACCUGGAUUCUGCAUCAUCAUAUUUCCUCAGUUGAGAAACUUCCCCUGAGUACCUCUGGCUGCCCGCUGGUCAUCCGCUGCAAGACCUUCCACCAGUUGCACCUCCUCGUGCCCCGAGAGAGGGAGUGCCAGGAUGUCUACCAGUCACUGCUACGCUUGUCCCAGCCAGUGAAGCUUGAUGAACUCUAUGCAUUUCUCUACAAUCCCAAUCAAAAUGAGGAGGAGAGGAGAGAAGGAUGGGUUGCCGUGGAUUUGGCAGCAGAUUUCAGAAGAAUGGGUUUGCCCAAUGAUCACUGGGAAACUACUGAACUCAAUAAGGAAUAUGAGAUGUGCAGCACUUAUCCAUCAAUGCUCUGGGUCCCCAAAGGUGCCAGUCGAGCCACUAUACUGGGCAGCGCCAAGUUCAGGAGUAGGGGGAGAUUACCCGUCCUCUCCUACUAUCACAAAGACACCAAGGCAGCUAUCUGUCGCUGCAGCCAGCCUUUGUCUGGCUUCAGCGCUCGGUGUCUGGAGGAUGAACAGAUGCUCGAGGCCAUCUGCCAAGCCAACCCAAACUCUCCAUUUAUGUAUGUUGUGGACACCAGACCUAAGUUGAAUGCCUUGGCCAAUCGAGCUGCAGGGAAAGGUUACGAGAAUGAGGACAACUACUCCAAUAUACGAUUCAACUUCCAGGCCAUUGAGAACAUUCAUGUCAUGAGAAACAGCCUCCAAAAACUGCUUGAAGUUUGCACAAUGAAGUCUCCUUCGAUGAGUGACCAUCUGACUGGACUGGAGAACUCAGGCUGGCUCAGACACAUAAAGGCUGCGAUGGACGCGGGGGUGUUUUUAGCAAAGGCAGUGACUGAUGAAAAGGCAAGCGUGCUGGUACACUGCUCUGACGGCUGGGACCGAACAGCUCAGGUUUGCUCCAUGGCCUGCAUCCUCCUGGACCCAUACUACCGCACCAUGAAAGGCUUGAUGGUGUUAAUUGAAAAAGAGUGGAUCUCCAUGGGUCAUAAAUUCACACAUAGAUGCGGCCACUUGGACGGUGACCCUAAGGAGGUGUCUCCGGUCUUCACUCAGUUUGUUGAGUGUGUGUGGCAGCUGACGGAGCAGUUUCCCUGUGUGUUCGAAUUCAAUGAGAGGUUUCUCAUUGACAUCCAUGACAAUGUCUUCGCAUGCCAAUAUGGAAACUUCUUAGGAAACUGCCAGAAAGAGAGAAAGGAGAUGCGGCUUCAGGAAAGGACGUUCUGUCUAUGGCCAUUUUUGCUGGAGCGGGAGAACCAGUUCAGGAACCCACUUUACAAACGCAAGACGGGUCCACUGAGACCAAACACUCUGCCCUUGCAUUUCAAGCUUUGGUGUGGCUUGUACAACCACUAUGAUACGGGCAUGCACCCUAAACAGUCUGUGCUGGACCGUCUGCUCUCUCUUACCCAGAAGAAGUCUGAGGGGGAAAAACACAUGUUAGAUCUACAAAGGCAGUUAGCAGUUGCUGAUGGAAUCCUGCCAGAUCCUGCUGGACCAAUCGGUGUACCUACAAAGCAAUGCAGCCAAUCACUGUCCACUCCUACCCCACCUCUUAACCAGUCAUACGGCGAUGUCAACUGCUUGAAAAAUGGUACGGGUGAGGACACCGGCUCAGGUGGUGAAUGCACCAACGGCGGUCAGGCGGAGCAUUUCCCAGACUCUGAUUCUGACUUGACUGUCAAAACGGGUAAAGCUGUGUCUGUGAACUUCCAGGAAUAGGCGGUGUUAAAUAAGGUGUGCAAGAGCCCCAAGCCAGAGAAGCACAUGCUCCAGUACGCUGGGAAAUAAAUAGCACUUAUUUCUGAAAGGGGCGACUGUCGCUCUAGCCUUUAUGAGCAAUGCACCGGCUAAGGGGAUCGGGAACACAAGCUCAUAUUUCAGCAUUUAUGCUCCACAAGAUUGAUAUCUUGAUAAGUGAGAUAUCUCAGCUCAGCAAUUCAUGGAAUCCACAAACUGGAUUAAGAAUCCAGCUAGUGGCGGAGUUCCUUAAUAAGUCAUUCAAUCAUUUUAUGGCAAGGCAAUAAUAUUCCUUGUAAUUGUUAUGUUUUGCAGUCAAUGCAAGUUCAACGUCUUCACAUCGUAAUACUUUUUUAAAGUGUCCACAGCAUCACAGUUCAGUGAAAACCACUUUCAAAUUGUUUGCCAUUUCAAAAGGAAUGCUAUGUAAAAAAAAAAGAGGCUAUGAUCAAAUCCAGGUUUCACCUUAUGUUUGUGUUUUGUUUUUGAUGGUGUUCUUUUUUGUACAUUGUGUUUUUUUGUAUUCCUUUCACCAAAAUGUUGACAUGUUAUUCAAAGUGUAUUCAUGAUUUCAUAUAUACAUACCACUUAUGAGCUUAAUAUAGCCAUUGUUGAAAAGGGAAUUGAAACUGCAAUACUAGUGUUUCCUGUUGGCCAAAGUAACAAAGCACUGCCUACGUGAAGCUGAUGUGUUUUGAGAAUUUGUCUUGAAGUGCCAUUUAUGUUUAUUUUAAUCCAGUCUUUCCAAUGGCCGUAUGAACUAGGGCUCCACACACUGGUUGAAUGCACAUGGGGACCAAUGGUUGUUUUGUAAAGCUUCAGUUCAUACUGAGGACACUGUCUCUGUGAUUUGAGAAAUUCUGGAUGAGUGCUUUUGCUUGAUGUUCUGUGCUACUUACAGGAUGCAAAUCAAGCUAUUUCUCUGUAAGAACUGUUACAAGCAAAUCUGUUGAUUUUGUUGCCAGCUUUGUGCAUGGAUUUUGUACGUUAAGAAGCUUUGGGCAGGGGGUAUGUGUGCACGUCUACUGUGCCGAAUAGCUCAAAAUUUUGGACUAUCUAAAUCUCCACCUGUUCAAAAAUGGAGUAGGAAGAUUGUCAAACUAGACUUGUUGGAAGGUAGAUCAUUCAGAAGGGAACCAGCCAUAGGCUGUUGCUGUUGCUAUGGAGAUGGGAGAUCUUUGUGCUGAUGUCCACCAGGCUGUCACCAUUUAAAAAGGGAUAUUUUGACUGAAGUCUGUUCAGUUAUCUCUGUCUUUGUCAUCCCAUCUCUGUCUCUGCCCCUGAAUAGUUUGCAUACCUCUGCAAUACUUGUCAAUUCAAGUCCUGGUGAACAUAAAGGGAAUGUUGCUGAAGUUCAGGGCACAAUGCUUUUUAUGGUUAUUGAAAGUAAAUAGGUUGACAUUUGUAUGUAUCACUUUAUGUAUUUACUUUUCAUCCAGUACUUUAUUAUUGUUUGGUAUUCUUGUAUUGACAAUUUCUGUGUGGAAAUACUCCUUUAGAAGUAUGCUGCUGUACAUGCUGUUUUUAAAAGUCAUUAUUGAUCAGGAUAAACAUUUUUGGGCUUUUGGUUUGGAGAACUGCUUCCUGAUUCAUGUCAUGAUUAUCUUAUAAUUGUUAUACAUUCUGAUGGCACUUGUCAUUGAUUCAGAUUGUUCCCCCUAAUCAAUGAUCAGAAUAAAGUUUGUAUUAAUGGUUAUGUGUAAUCUGAACAAAAGUCA